AUGACUUCGAAUUCCAAGGAGCAAAGUAUGUCUUACGUAUCCCGCCGAGGAACAGGGCGGAAUCCUUCGAACCCUGCCAUUCAAUCCUAUCUCCAGGACCAUGAAGGUUCAAGGAUGCCUCAAACCAUAGCGCAGCGCUCCACCUUGCCGCGUUCCCAAGAGCUCCAAGCCUCCAGCUAUCCUGGUCCUCCACCAAGUGACGUUGGAACUUCAAGACUCCCUGCACGCAGCGACUUCACCCAAGAUGAUUCGCUCCCUGGUCUCACCCACGCUAAUAGUUCAAGGCCUUCCCAGUCUGUUUCUGAUGGAAUGGGAGAGAGACAAAUGAAUCGCGCUUUGAGAAUCAUGAUCCCAGAUCCUGAUGGCGCAUUAGAGCCUACCACCCUCCCUCCCCUUCGCAGACCAGACCAAGGUCCUGUCCUCGAAUGUCCAUUCACCUUCCUUAAGUGCUUCAGACAAUUUGCCGUCUCAAACGAGCGAGAAUGGAUCCAGCACAGCUUGGAACAUUUUCGCAUUAUCGAUAGAAGACGGUCGAGCAGGGUCGAUCCGCCGAAGAACAAUUCGUGUUGCUUCUGCUUUCAAACGUUCCAAGCGUCCAGUGGUGUUGACAGUUGGCGAGAUCGCAUGGACCACGUCAAAUUUCAUCAUGCACUUUUGGGCCAUCGUCUGGCGGCUGCUCGACAUGACUUUGCCCUCGUUGAAUACCUCUGGCAAAAUGGGGUGCUGUCGUUGGCGGACUAUCGGGAGUUGAAGCCGAAUGCCGCUGCAGCAUCACGCAGUACGCAGAAUAUCCCGACUCCGCCAGACUCACCACCUGGAACGGGAGCGGUGGCUGUCAUACAUCCGAAUCAACGGCGCGAAGGAAGAUAA